CUUUACCCCCUCCACUCACGUCUGAACUGAAGCGCUGUAGUGAAUCGAUACGCUAGCAACUGUCCAGUCACUACCGCAUAACCUACUUUCCUCUUCCGUUCUCCAGGAGCGGUAUUUCUCUGCCGCAGAGGAGUCGGACAAGUUUGGAAUUAUCCAAGAUGAACAACCUGGCCAGACAGGUGUUCCAUGUCGGAGUGGCAGCGUACUACAUGGUUGUCACCCACUGGAUGAAGGAAAACAUGCUCAAACACACUAAAGAAGAUGAUAUCCAUGAUCCUGUUGUAAAAACAAUGAAACGGUUCUCACUGCGAUAUCUCACCAACUGGACAUUUACGUUACAAACAACGUAUUUCUAUAUUGCUCUUGGAGGAGAAAUUCUGGCUCUGUUUAAAGGAAGAGAAAAGAUCAAAGAGAGAAUAAACCAAUUCAAGAAUUACUUCUUCACUGUCCUUGUGGCCCCAAUGGCCUUGGUGGUCUCAAUAGUCUUCUGGAGUGUGUGGUUUGUGGACAGAGAACUGAUAUUCCCAAUAGUUAUGGACAAAUUCCUUCCACCAUGGAUAAACCAUUCUCUGCACACAACUACGUCUGUGAUAGUGCUUCUAGAAAUGUAUAUGUGUUUCCACAAGUAUCCUGCGUUCAAGCCCGCUUUAUUGGGAAUAACCUUAUAUCUGCUGCUGUAUUCAUUUUGUUUACUGGGAACUUACUAUCAGAGUGGUAUCUGGUUGUAUCCAAUAUUCAAAAUGCUGAAUUGGACCCUGAGAGUAGUAAUCUGCCUAGCCACUUACAUUUUAGCCGUGGCGCUGUAUGGGGCAGGCUACUUCUUGAACAAAGUGCUUUGGGAUGAAAAACUGUUAGUGAAGAAAGCACCAAGGAAGAAGCACAAAAAGCACUGACAUGACAGGAUUUAGGGGCAAUACAACUUAACAAAUUAAUGUCUGAAGUACAGCACAGAAGAUGAGGAGAGCAUCAGACUUCUUGCUCUUUUCUUGGGUCCAUGUACUCUCCAGGUUCAAGAGGACAUUCUGAUUUUUGUUGGAAGAGGACACUCUGAUUUUUGUUGGAACCCUCAGCAUUCCAUAGCAUAUCACCUUGCUCUCCUUGCUAAGAUAGCCUUAUAAUAAAUCAGCUUAUUUCUUGUAAAAUUAAUUUAAUAAAUAAUUAUUAUAUUACGAAGCUGAUAUUUUAACAGAUUUUACAUUGAAAUUCCAUUUUAUUUGUUACUACGAGAUUAUUGUACUUAUGUGUUUAAAAAUCUCAUAUUGUUAAUAUAUACAUAAUUAUUAACAGUACAUUAAAUUAUUAAAAUACAAGAGUUAUUCCUCAAAAUUAAUUUUUAAUUGCAGUUUUUUUAAAUUAGUGAAAUAAAUUCAUUUGUUAUUCGAAAGGAUUAAAAUUUUAAAUUAUUAAGAAAUUUUUAGCACUACUUACAUAGUGUCUUUUAGAAAUGGAAGAUAAUUAACUAACUCUAUUCCAAAUAUUCAAUAAUUUUAAAUGUUUAGUAAUAAUGUGCAUGUUUCAAGCUAGACAUUUAAUAGUGCUGAAAACAUUAUUCCAAAUACCUUUAUGGAUGAAGUAUUUGUAGGCAAAAUGUCAGAGUACAAUGAUAAAUCCUAAAUAAGUCACUCAUGUGCCUUCAAAAUUAUUUAUUUAAAUUAUCUAUGCAGCAGAAAAUCUAUUGAAAUAUUAUUUAUGAGAAAGGAAAACUGUGUAAUAUUGACAUAUCUGGAAAGUUAAUAACACUGUUGUUUUUCAUAUAAAUUUAGCAAUAUAUGUAAUAUAUUCAUCUAUUUGUUCUAAUUUUUAUUCCUUUUUUAUUUGUUGUCUUGGUUGGAUUUUCAAAGUUUUAUUCCAAAACAGAUAGGUUAAACAUUGUACUUAAUUCAUACUGUCCAAAAAAUGAGUUUUGUGUUUCAAAUAAUUAUUUAAAAAACUUUGAUUUAUUUACUUAUUUUUAUUGUGAUAUAUUUACUUGUACAUUUACUAUUCCACUGUUAUUAUUUUAAAUAUUUUUAUGGCACUUGUGAUUAUUAUUGUUCAAUAUAUGAUUAUGUAAUAUGUAAUUCAAUAGUUAUCAUCUUAGCUUAAAGAGUUUGUCAUUUAUUUAAAAAAUCCUGAAAAUUCCAAAGUACAAUAUUUGUUCCAUAAUCCCUACAUGAUAGUAAUUGUUGUUAGCUAUGUGAUACUUUUAUAAUGUACAAAUAAAAUACACUUGUUACUAA